AUGAAGACAAGAAAGAAAUUCGAUCCAUUCCCUACUAUUUAUUCAUGUCAAAUAUUUUUAAGACUAUUUCUAGUAAUUUUACCUCAAACAGGCUACAUUCAUCCUGAUGAGCUGUUUCAGUCAGUUGAAGUCUUAGCAGGUAAAGUCCUGGAGUUCCAAUGCAGCCCUCCUUGGGAAUUCAAUGUUACAUUUCCAAUCAGAAGUAUGACAAUUCCUUGCCUAACCACAGGAGUAUCUUAUAAGUUUCUCAAGUUUUUCAAUUAUGUCAGCUUGGAAUAUUUUCACCAAACAUUGCUCACACCUUAUGCACUUAUCCUUGUUCCCAGGUUACUCAUGUGUCUCCUUUCAUUCCUUGUAGAUUUUAGCCUGUUCAAAAUAUGCUCCAAUAACAAUGAAAAGUACAAAUCCAGAUUGGUUAUAUUAGGCAGCUCAUAUGUGAUGAUAGUUUAUGGUACUAGAACUUUUUCAAAUACUAUAGAAUUAGUCCUUUUUUCUCUACUGUUAUAUUUUGUUUGUGAGAGCUUGAUUUUCUCCAAUGUAGUCAUUAGAAAUCGAGAGUAUAUAAAUUAUAGGUAUGAACAGAGCAAGGAUAUAGCUGAAAAAGCCAAGUUUCACAAAUUGCGUCUCUUCAUUGUGUCUGAUUCUUAUAGAAAUUGUUUUUUUAUUAGCAUCAUAAGUGUACUAGGGUUUUUCAAUCGGCCUACUUUCUUAGCUUUUGCUGUUAUGCCCAUAUUCUUUUGGUUAUACAGGGGCUUGGGGAGUAAAUCAGUAACCCCUUUUCAAUUUUAUAUGAGGAUAUUGAUAUUUGCCAUGGUUUCCAUUCCAACAUUUUUAACUGUGAUCUUGAUAGAUUCCUUUUAUUAUGGGUACAUUACUUGGGGGGAAAUAGGGAUGUUAGAUGUUUCAAUCAACAGCUUUGUGUUCACACCUCUGAACUUUUUGAAGUACAAUUUGAAUACUGAUAAUUUGGCAAAACAUGGUUUGCAUCCAAGGUGUUUGCAUGUAUUGGUGAAUAUUCCUCUGCUGUUCAACGUUUUGGGCUUAUAUGCACUAUACACCCUGGCAAAAUAUGCAUAUAUAUGUUUCUUGAAGAAAUUCAACCUACUUCCGUCUGUCAGAAGCGUUAAAUGUCUCAUGACCCUUUCAUUCUUAGUCCCAGUUAUCCUUCUUUCUAUAUUCCCCCACCAGGAACCCAGAUUUCUGAUACCUGUUUUGGUACCUCUUGUGUACCUACACGCUACUAGAGUACUACCCGAGACUGACACAUCGCUAGUGGAGGCUCCCAAGGUACACAUCAAGGGGGAACUGAAGAAAACUAAACCCAGCAAUGUUCUUUUCAAGCUGUGGCUCUUAAUCAAUACUCUAUUGGUUAUAUUCUAUGGAUUUUUACAUCAAGGGGGUAUUUACCCUGCGACAGCUUAUUUGUCUAAGGAGUUGCAGUCUGCACCUCUUAAAACUGAGUUUCACAUACUCACUAGCCAUGUCUAUUCAUUGCCAGAGUCUUUCUUUAUGCAAAAAUCUAUUGGUAGGUUGUACUCCAAAGGUAGGAUUCAGUACUCUGUUAGCCGCAGGGUGUUUUUGUAUGAAGAGGGUUCAAAAAAGGUAGAACUGAUUUUGAAAAAAUUGCAACUGAUACUUGAAUCACGGCAAAAGAAUCUAUCGAAAAAAGGUAAAGUGUAUUUCUUGAUAUCCAGUAGCUUAGAUGAUAAACUCGAGAAUUUAUCUGUGGGAAGUAAAGUUAGGUUUUAUUUGGUGGAGAGAUUUACCCCUCACAUUAGUACUGAAGCUUUUCCAGACAUGACUGCUUAUUGCUUAGACUUGUUUCAGAGUUUUUAUGGUAGCCAUUGCACUGGGUUGACACUGGUGGAGUAUUUAAAGUGGCUCUAUAAUUCUUUCGGACUCAGCUUGUAUCAAGCCGAAUUGAAAGAUGUUAAAAAAGUUGUAAUAUGA